AUGGCGGCACCAAUCAUUUCAUUCGACUACGACAAUUCGCCAUAUGGCCAGAAGGUCAAACUUCUGCUGGCAUCAUUGGGCGUCGAUUUCAAGAGGAACGAUCAGCCCUUUACAAUGCCGCGACCUAGCUUGGAAGCCUUGGGUAUCACUUACAGGCGCAUUCCCCUCUUGGCCAUCGGCAAAGACAUCUACGCUGACACAUCCCUCAUCAUCGAUGUCAUUACUUCGCAGCUGGGAAAGAUCCCCACCAGUCCUGCGGACAAGGCGUACGAGUCGUGGGCCAACGCCACCUUCAUAGACUCUCUGGGUCUACUCCCACAGCAAGUGCUCUCGCCGGAGUUCAAGAAGGAUCGCGAGAGCAUCUUCCCAUUCGUGAGUCGUCCUGAUAUCGCAACCCUUCGACCAAGCGCACUUGCAGCGGUCAAAGGUCGCUUGCUACACGCUGAGCGUCAGUUCCUCGCCAAUUCCGAGGGUCCGUUCAUAGGGGGUUCCGAUAUCUCUUUGGCCGACAUUCACGUCGCCUGGGUACUCAAGAUGUUACUUGGGCUUGGUAUCGGCAAGGAGCCGGGUUUCGGACAAGAUAAAUUUCCAAAAGUAUACAAGCUUGUUGAGAGCUUACCAACUUUCAACCCGCCAGUGCUGAGCGACGAAGAAGCUCACAAGAUCAUCCGUGGCGCGAGCUAUACUUCGCAAGGAGCGAAGGGAGUCUCCCUCGAUGAACCCACUGGCUUGGAGGUCGGCACGCCAGUCAGCGUCGAGGGCUUUGACACCGAGCCUGGCGCGCACCCGCAAUUUGGCACGCUCGUUGCUGCGGAUCAUCGCGAGGUUGUGAUUGAGAUCAAGGAUGGAGUACAUUUGCACUUCCCACGCAUCGGCUAUAUUACUCACUCUUCUCACAUGGACGGUGAAGUGCGGCGUGCGGAGGAGGAUGCGGCAUUGGCGUGCAUGCUCGGAAUUCGAGAUCAGAGCAAACAUUCUUCUCUCAAGCACAACAUUGUCCCUGCGAGAAACACGGUGCGUUGCGAUUUGCAUCGACAGAUUCCCCAGAACUACCGCCUCUGGUCCUUCACUUCAUCGAGCGGAGCUUCGUGGCAACCGCCUUACAAAAUGUCGGCUGCGCGAUCAGCUGCCGCGCUUCGGCUUCGAGCACAAUGGCUCGCGACACAUCGUCCUUUGUCCAAGCAAUGUCUCGUUGCCAGCCGUGCGAGACCGACAUCGACUGUGUGUCUGCUUCAGAACAAAGUCCGCAGCGAUGUCCGUACAUUCUACUCCAGUGGCGCGGCCGAUACGCCCUCUGUGCCCAAUCUCACCAAUGCCUCGAUCUACGAACCCCUCGAUACCUUUUCGCGCAGACACAUCGGGCCGAGCGCCGAGACGACGGAGCAGAUGCUUCAGGUUCUUGACCCUCCGGUCAAAUCACUGGAUGAAUUCGUGAAGCAGGUCUUGCCCUCAACCAUCCUGUCAAGCAAGAAUAUCAAAAUCGAGGGCCCUGUCCCAGAGUCCGGAUCGGUCGCCACCAGCGAGGGCGGAUACUCAGAAAGCCAAUUACUUUCAAGGUUGAAGGUCAUUGCCGGAGAGAACAAGGUCUACAAGAGCUACAUCGGAUGUGGAUAUGCUGGAACCCGAGUGCCCGAGGUCAUCAAGCGCAAUAUUCUUGAGAAUCCUGCAUGGUACACGAGCUACACUCCAUACCAGCCAGAGAUCAGUCAAGGAAGAUUGGAGUCAUUGUUGAACUUCCAGACCAUGGUCUCCGACCUGACUGGCCUGAACAUGGCCAAUGCCUCGGUCCUGGAUGAGCCUACCGCCGCCGCAGAGGCCAUGACCUUGUCCAUGAACGCUAUGCCAGCUGCUCGCCUGAAGCGCCCGAACAAGACCUACAUUGUUUCACAUCUCUGCCACCCGCAGACUAUCGCAGUUCUCGACAGUCGUGCCGAGGGCUUCGGCAUCAAAAUCAAGGUUGCGGAUAUCAUGGCGGAUAACAGCAAAGUUGUAGACGAGGUUGGAGAAGAUUUGAUUGGAGUUCUCGCACAAUACCCCAAUACGCUCGGAGGUGUUGAGGACUACCGAUCGCUCGCCGACAAGGUGCACGCGCUCAAGGGAACAUUCGCAGUCGGCACAGAUCUGCUCGCGCUUACACUUUUGACCCCACCUGGAGAGUUCGGCGCAGAUGUCGCUUUUGGCAACGCUCAGCGAUUUGGCGUGCCGCUCGGUUUUGGUGGACCUCACGCAGCAUUCUUCGCUGUGAGCGAGAAGCACAAGCGGAAGAUCCCCGGUCGCCUGAUCGGUCUGUCCAAGGAUCGUCUAGGCCACAAGGCUGCUCGUCUGGCACUUCAGACCCGUGAACAGCACAUCCGUCGCGAGAAGGCCACUAGCAACAUUUGCACGGCGCAGGCGCUCCUCGCCAAUAUGAGUGCCAUGUACGCCAUCUACCACGGUCCCACUGGGCUCAAGCGAAUUGCAGAGAAGGUCGCCAAGAUGGCGCAGGUUCUCGCCAAGGGGUUGGAAGAGGCAGGACUCGAAGUUCGACAGCCUGUUGCCUUUGACACUGUCGUUGUCAAGAAGCAGGGCGCUUCGCUCUUCGCCACCAAGACCGCACAGAACUUCCUCACCAACUUCCGUGUCGUCGAUGACGAGCACAUCGGUAUCACCAUCGACGAGACCGUUGGCAAGAAGCAAAUCGAAGAGAUCUUCAGAGCAUUCACCACUGAUGUUGUCGAUGUCAAUGCCUUGGCCCAAGGUGUUGAGGCGACAGGCAGCGUACCCGAGUCUCUGCGACGAACGUCGAGCUACCUUACCCACCCCGUCUUCAACCAGUACCACUCCGAGACCGAGCUUCUUCGCUACAUUUACCACCUGCAGUCCAAGGAUCUUUCCCUCGUCCACUCUAUGAUCCCUCUCGGUUCCUGCACGAUGAAAUUGAACGCUACCACAGAGAUGGUCCCGGUCUCGUGGCCAGAGUUCUCCAACAUUCACCCCUUUGCACCCAGCGAUCAGACUCUCGGUUACGCACAGCUCAUCAAGGAGCUUGAGGAGGAUCUCGCCGAGAUCACCGGUUUCCACUCUGUUUCCCUACAGCCCAACUCCGGUGCGCAGGGUGAAUUUGCUGGUCUUCGUGUCAUCCGGAAAUACCAGGAAGAGCAGCCAGGCAAGAAGCGUGACAUCUGCUUGAUUCCCGUCUCUGCUCACGGCACCAACCCUGCAUCUGCCGCCAUGGCAGGUAUGCGCGUCGUCACGAUCAAAUGUGAGACCGGCACUGGUAACCUUGACAUGAAAGAUCUCAAGGACAAGUGUGAAAAGUACAGCGAGGAACUCGGCGCCAUCAUGAUCACCUACCCUUCGACGUUCGGUGUCUUCGAGCCUAACGUCAAAGAGGCUUGCGACUUGGUUCACCAACAUGGUGGUCAGGUCUACAUGGACGGAGCCAACAUGAAUGCUCAAAUUGGUCUUUGUUCACCUGGUGAGAUUGGUGCUGACGUCUGUCAUCUCAACUUGCACAAGACUUUCUGCAUUCCUCACGGUGGCGGUGGACCAGGUGUUGGACCCAUCGGUGUCGCUGAGCACCUUGCACCUUUCCUUCCGGGCCACCCUCUCGUCAAGAACGUCGGCGGCUCAAAGGCCAUCGCACCUAUUUCAGGAGCUCCAUGGGGAUCUGCCAGCAUCUUGCCCAUCAGCUGGGCCUACAUCAAGAUGAUGGGCGCCCGCGGAUUGACCCACGCCACCAAGAUCACCCUGCUCAACGCCAACUACAUUCUCUCCCGACUGAAGCCUCACUACCCGAUCCUCUACACCAACGAAAACGGCCGCUGCGCCCACGAGUUCAUCCUCGACACACGUAAAUUCCAGGAGACCGCCGGCAUCGGCGCCAUCGACAUCGCCAAGCGUCUCCAAGAUUACGGGUUCCACGCUCCCACCAUGUCAUGGCCUGUCGCCAACACUUUGAUGAUUGAGCCCACCGAGUCCGAAGGCAAGUUUGAGCUCGACCGCUUCUGUGACGCGCUCAUCUCCAUCCGCCACGAGAUCGCCGACAUUGAGAACGGCAAGCAGCCCCGCGAGGGCAACGUCCUCCGCAUGUCGCCCCACAGCAUGAAAGACCUCAUCCUCAGUGAGUGGGACCGCCCAUACAGCCGCGAGAAGGCGGCGUAUCCGCUCGAGUAUUUGAAGGAGAAGAAGUUCUGGCCGAGUGUCACCCGGCUGGAUGACACUUAUGGUGACACGAAUCUGUUCUGCAGCUGUGCUCCCGUCGAAACCAUCGAAGGCCUCACCGGCGUCGCCGCUCCUCUGCCGACAUAA